AUGCUGGCAGCGGGAUGGCUCUUCCUGGGAUUGUUGCACAGUUUGGAAGUAACCACUCCGGCGGGGGCGAUCGAUGCCCCAAAGACCUGCAGCCCAAAGCAAUUUGUGUGUAAAGACGGGGUGACGUGCAUCUCGAAGGGAUGGCGCUGCGACCGGGAGAAAGACUGCCCAGACGGCUCUGACGAGGAGCCUGAUGUCUGUCCACACAGCACUGUGUCCCGGUGCCCUCCCAAUGAAUACCAGUGUGGAGGGACGGAGCUCUGCAUCCACAUGGCCAAACUGUGCAACGGUGUUCCCGACUGCACCGACGGCUGGGACGAGGGGCCACACUGCCGAGAGUUCAUAUCCAACUGCACGCUCAUGGGAUGUCAGGAACACUGUGCAGUGACUCCUGAAGGGCCCGUGUGUUACUGUAAAGGUGGUUAUGAGAUCGGCGCAGAUGGAAAGAUGUGUAAAGAUUUUGAUGAGUGCACAGUGUACGGGACCUGCAGUCAGUCCUGUACGAACAGUGAAGGCUCGUACGCCUGCUCCUGUGUGGAGGGCUACUUGUCUCAGCCAGACAACCGCUCCUGCAAGGCCAAGAAUGUACCAGUAGAUCGUCUGCCUGUACUGUUGAUUGCCAACUCCCAGAACAUCCAAGCCACCUCCCUGAGUGGCACCACACUCCACAGCCUGCUGUCCACCAGCACCAAACAAACCACCGCCAUGGAUUUCCUCUAUGCCGAGGAGACAGUCUGCUGGAUCCACGUCGGGGACGCCCCCUCGUCCACGCACCUCAAAUGUGCUAAGAUCCCCAAUCUGAAGAGCUUUGCAGAGGAAAGGGUCAUCAACAUCUCCCUCAGCCUGCACCAUGUGGAGCAGAUGGCCAUCGACUGGCUCACCGGAAACUUCUACUUUGUGGAUGACGUGGACGACAGGAUCUUCGUGUGUGACAAGGACGGGCAGACAUGUGUCACCCUCCUGGACCAGGAGCUGUACAACCCUAAAGGCAUCGCCCUGGACCCCACCAUGGGGAAGGUUUUCUUCACCGACUACGGUCAGAUCCCGAAGGUGGAGCGCUGCGACAUGGACGGUCAGAACCGCACCAAGCUGGUGGACAGUAAGAUCGUGUUCCCGCACGGCAUCACGCUGGACCUGGUCAGCAGGCUGGUGUACUGGGCCGACGCCUAUCUGGACUACAUCGAGGUGGUGGACUACGAAGGCAAGAACCGACACACCAUCAUCCAAGGCCUGCUGAUCGAGCACCUCUACGGCCUGACUGUGUUUGAAAACUAUCUCUACGCCACAAAUUCAGACAACGCCAACAUGCAGCCAAAGACCAGCGUGAUAAGGGUCAAUCGCUUCAACAGCACCGACUACCAAGUAGUGACCAGGGUGGACAAGGGAGGAGCGCUGCACGUCUACCACCAGAGACGUCAGCCUCCAGUGCGGAGCCAUGCAUGUGAGGUGGACCAGAAUGGAAAGGCUGGAGGCUGCUCUGACAUCUGUCUGCUUGGAAACGGCCACAAGACCAAAACCUGCCGCUGUCGCUCGGGAUUCAGUCUGGGCAGCGAUGGCAAGUCCUGUAAAAAACCCGAACACGAGCUGUUCCUGGUCUACGGUAAAGGUCGCCCGGGGGUCAUCAGGGGCAUGGACAUGAACGCCAAGGUGCCGGACGAGUACAUGAUCCCCAUCGAAAACCUGAUGAACCCCCGAGCUCUGGACUUCCACUCGGAGAGCGAGUUCAUCUAUUUUGCCGACGCCACCAGCUUCAUCAUCGGACGACAGAAGAUUGACGGGACGGAGAGAGACACUAUUAUGAAAGAAGGGAUCCACACGGUCGAGGGCAUCGCUGUGGACUGGAUGGCCGACAACUUGUACUGGACGGACGACGGGCCCAAGAAAACCAUCAGCGUGGCUCGGCUGGAAAAGGCUUCACAGACACGCAAAACCCUCAUCGAAGGGAAAAUGACCCACCCUCGGGCCAUCGCUGUCGAUCCUCUGCACGGGUGGAUGUACUGGACGGACUGGGAGGAGGACCCCAAGGAGAGCAAGCGAGGCAAGAUCGAGAGGGCGUGGAUGGACGGCUCCAACAGGCAUGUGUUCCUGACCAGCAAGACGGUGCUGUGGCCCAACGGCCUGAGUCUGGACAUCCCACAGGGCAUCCUCUACUGGGUGGAUGCCUUCUACGACCGCAUCGAGAUGGUCUAUCUCAACAGCACCGAGCGCAAGACGGUGUACGAAGGUCAGGAACUGAACCACGCCUUCGGUCUGUGCCACUAUAAACACUUCCUGUUCUGGAACGAGUACCGCAGCGGCAGCAUAUACAAGUUGGACACAAUAACAGGCGCCGCCACUCUGCUGCGCAACGAGCGACCGCCCAUCUUUGAAAUCCGCAUGUACGAUGCUCAGCAGCAGCAAGGCUCUAAUGCGUGUCGUGUGUACAACGGAGGCUGCAGCAGUCUGUGUUUGGCCAUACCAGACGGAAGACAGUGUGCCUGUGCAGAAGAUCAGAUAUUAGACCCAGCCGACAACACCAGCUGCAAAGCCAACCCAUCCUACGUGCCCCCCCCUCAGUGCCAGUCUGGAGAGUUUGCCUGCAAGAACAACCGCUGCAUCCAGGAGCGCUGGAAGUGUGAUGGAGACAACGACUGUUUGGACAACAGCGACGAGGCUCCUGAGCUGUGCCACCAGCACACUUGCCCCACGGACAGAUUCAAGUGCAAGAACAACCGCUGCAUCCCUCUGCGCUGGCUGUGCGACGGAGACAAUGACUGUGGGAAUGACGAGGAUGAGUCCAACACCACCUGCUCGGCUCGUACCUGCCCGCCCAAUCAGUACUCGUGUGCCAGCGGGCGCUGCAUCCCUCUCUCGUGGACAUGCGACCUGGAUGAUGACUGUGGCGAUCGGUCGGAUGAACCCGCCUCCUGUGCCUACCCCACAUGUUUCCCCCUCACCCAGUUCACCUGCAACAACGGACGCUGCAUCAACAUUAACUGGCGCUGUGAUAAUGAUAAUGACUGUGGGGACAACAGUGAUGAGGCCGGCUGCAGUCACUCCUGCUCCAGCGCUCAGUUCAAGUGCAACAGCGGCCGCUGCAUCCCGGAUUACUGGACCUGCGACGGAGAUAAUGACUGCGGGGACUACAGUGACGAGACGCACGCUAACUGCACCAACCAGGCCACACGUCCUCCAGGUGGUUGUCAUACCGACGAGUUUCAGUGCCGCAUGGACAGCCUGUGCAUCCCCCUGCGCUGGCGCUGCGACGGCGACACUGACUGCAUGGACCUGAGCGACGAGAAGAACUGCGAGGGGGUCACACACAUGUGCGAUCCAGCCGUCAAGUUUGGCUGCAGGGACUCUGCACGCUGCAUCAGCAAAGCCUGGGUGUGCGACGGCGACAGUGAUUGUGAGGACAACUCGGACGAGGACAAUUGUGAGGCGCUGGUGUGUAAGCUCUCUCAUCAUGUGUGCGCCAACGACUCCACCAUCUGUCUGCCGUCGGAGAAACUUUGUGAUGGCAAAGACGACUGUCCAGAUGGCUCUGAUGAGAAACUCUGUGACCUGUGUUCACUGGACAAUGGGGACUGCAGCCAUAACUGCACGGUGGCCCCUGGCGAAGGUCUCAUCUGCUCCUGUCCGCUCGGCAUGGAGUUAGGCUCCGACAACAAGACCUGUCAUAUCCAGAGUUUCUGUGCCAAACACCUGAAGUGCAGUCAACGCUGUGAACAGGACAAGUUCAGUGUGAAGUGCUCGUGUUACGAAGGCUGGGAGCUGGAGCCUGACAUGGAGAACUGCAAGAGCACAGAUCCUUUCAAGCCCUUCAUCAUCUUCUCAAACCGCCAUGAGAUCCGCCGCAUUGAUCUGAAUAAGGGAGAGUUCAGCGUGUUGGUGCCAGGCCUGAGAAACACCAUCGCCCUCGACUUCCAUCUCAGCGAGAACGCCCUCUACUGGACCGACGUGGUGGAGGAUAAGAUCUAUCGUGGGAAGCUGUCGGAGAACGGCGCUCUCACUAGCUUCGAUGUGGUCAUCCAGUACGGACUGGCGACCCCCGAGGGUCUGGCUGUGGACUGGAUCGCAGGAAACAUUUACUGGGUGGAAAGUAACCUGGAUCAGAUAGAGGUCGCCAAGCUGGACGGCACCAUGAGGACUACACUGCUGGCCGGGGAGGUGGAGCACCCCCGAGCUAUCGCCCUGGACCCCCGGGACGGGAUCCUCUUCUGGACAGACUGGGACGCCAGCCUGCCACGGAUCGAAGCUGCGUCCAUGAGUGGAGAAGGCAGGAAGACCAUCCAUAAGGAGACUGGUAAUGGAGGCUGGCCCAAUGGACUCACUGUGGAUUAUCUGGAGCGCCGCAUCCUCUGGAUCGAUGCCAGAUCUGAUGCCAUUUAUUCAGCCAAAUAUGACGGCUCGGGCCUCAUCGAGGUUCUGAGGGGACACGAGUAUCUGUCGCACCCCUUCGCCGUCACCAUGUACGGGGGAGAGGUUUACUGGACGGACUGGAGGACCAACACACUGGCCAAGGCCAACAAGUGGACGGGGGGCAACGUCACUGUAGUGCAGAGAACCAACACGCAACCUUUUGACCUCCAGGUGUUCCAUCCAUCCCGACAGCCUCAGGCUCCCAACCCGUGUGCAGCUCGAGAUGGGAAGGAGCCGUGCUCUCAUCUCUGUCUCAUCAACUACAACCAGACGUUCUCGUGCUCCUGCCCUCACCUCAUGAAACUGGGCCCUGACAAGCGCACAUGCUAUGAGUCUCGACAGUUCCUGCUCUACGCCCGGCAGAUCGAGAUCCGAGGAGUGGACAUCGACAACCCGUACUACAACUACAUUAUCUCCUUCACUGUGCCAGACAUCGACAACGUGACCGUGGUGGACUACGAUGCUCUGGAGCACCGCAUCUACUGGUCCGAUGUCCGCACUCAGACCAUCAAGAGAGCUUUCAUUAACGGCACUGGAGUUGAGACUGUGGUCUCUGCUGAUCUGCCCAACGCCCACGGCCUGGCAGUGGACUGGGUGUCCAGGAACUUGUUCUGGACCAGCUACGACGCCAAUAAGAGGCAGAUCAACGUGGCCAGAUUAGACGGCUCCUUUAAAAAUGCCGUCAUCCAAGGCCUGGACAAACCACACUGCCUGGUGCUGCAUCCAAUACUAGGGAAACUCUACUGGACCGAUGGGGACAACAUCAGCAUGGCCAACACGGACGGCAACAACCGCAGCGUCCUCUUCACCAACCAGAAGGGCCCUGUCGGUCUGUCCAUCGACUUCGACGCGGAGCAGCUUUACUGGAUCAGCUCAGGAAACAGCACCAUCAACCGCUGCAAGCUGGACGGCUCGGGACUGGAGGUGCUGGAAGGAGUCAAGGGGAAGCUGACCAAGGCCACCGCUCUGGCCAUCAUGGGAGAGAAGUUGUGGUGGGCGGAUCAAGGAACAGACCAGAUAGGAACCUGUGACAAGAAGGACGGUGGAACCUGGAAAAUCCUGAGGAACAGCACGUCCCCCAUGAUGCACAUGAAAAUCUACAAUGAAACCGUGCAGAAAGGCACUAAUCUUUGCAGUAUUAACAAUGGAGACUGUUCCCAGCUGUGUCUCCCCACCUCCCCGACCACCAGAGCCUGCAUGUGCACAGCAGGAUACAGCCUGCGCACGGGACAGCAGUCUUGUGAAGGAGUUGGAUCUUUCCUGUUGUACUCUGUGCAUGAGGGCAUACGUGGUAUUCCUCUGGACCCGUCUGACAAGUCUGAUGCCCUCGUACCAGUGUCAGGCACUUCCUUAGCUGUCGGCAUAGAUUUCCAUGCUGAUAAUGACACAAUCUACUGGGUGGAUAUGGGCCUGAGCACCAUCAGCAGGGCCAAGAGAGACCAGACCUGGAGAGAGGAUGUGGUCACUAAUGGUAUUGGCAGAGUGGAAGGCAUCGCUGUUGACUGGAUAGCAGGAAACAUCUACUGGACGGACCAAGGGUUUGAUGUGAUCGAGGUUGCCAGAUUGAACGGCUCCUUCCGCUAUGUGGUGAUCUCCCAGGGCCUGGACAAGCCUCGAGCCAUCACCGUCCACCCAGCCAAAGGCUACCUGUUCUGGACAGAGUGGGGUCAGUAUCCGCGUAUCGAGCGAUCGCGUCUGGACGGCACUCAGAGGGCCGUCCUGGUCAAUGGCAGUAUCAGCUGGCCCAACGGUAUCUCCAUCGACUAUGAGGAGAGUCUGCUGUACUGGUGCGAUGCAAGGACGGACAAGAUCGAGCGAAUCAACCUUGAAACGGGAGAAAACAGGGAAGUGGUGCUGGCCAACAACAACAUGGACAUGUUCUCUGUGUCGGUGUUUGAGAGCUACAUUUACUGGAGCGACAGGACCCAUGCUAAUGGCUCCAUAAAGAGAGGCAACAAGGACAAUGCCACAGACUCGGUGUCUCUGAGGACUGGUAUUGGCGUACAGCUCAAAGACAUCAAGGUUUUCAACAGGGCCAGACAACAAGGGACUAAUGUGUGUAAAGACAAAAAUGGAGGCUGCCAGCAGCUCUGUCUGUUCCGUGGCAACGGGCAGCGCACGUGCGCCUGCGCCCAUGGCAUGCUGGCCGAGGACGGCAGCGGCUGCCGGGACUACGACGGCUACCUGCUCUACUCGGAGCGCACUAUACUAAAGAGCGUCCACCUGUCAGACGAAAACAACCUGAACGCACCCAUUAAACCUUUCGAGGACCCAGAGCACAUGAAGAACGUCAUUGCUCUCACUUUCGACUACAGAGGAGGAGGAGGGAAGGGAGCCAACCGCGUCUUCUUCAGCGACAUCCACUUUGGCAACAUCCAGCAGAUCAGUGAUGAUGGAUCGGACCGCAAGACUGUAGUCGAGAACGUGGGCUCAGUGGAGGGCUUGGCGUACCACAGGGGCUGGGAUAUGCUGUACUGGACGAGCUACACAACCUCCACCAUCACGCGCCACUCUGUGGACCAGAUCCGCUGGGGUGCCGUCAACCGGCACACGGUGGUCACGAUGUCGGGAGAUGACCACCCCCGAGCGUUCGUCCUCGACGAGUGUCAGAGCCUCAUGUUCUGGACCAACUGGAACGAGCAGUCUCCCAGUAUCAUGCGUGCCACCCUGACUGGCUCCAAUGUCCUUGUGAUCAUUGGCAGCGACAUCCGAACACCUAACGGCCUGGCCAUCGACCACCGAGCUGAGAAACUCUACUUCUCUGACGCCACACUGGAUAAGAUAGAGCGCUGCGAGUAUGACGGCAGUCGGCGCUAUGUGGUGCUGAAGAAUGAGCCGGUCCAUCCGUUCGGCCUGGCCGUCUACGGUGACUACAUCUUCUGGACCGACUGGGUGAGGAGGGCCGUGCUCCGCGCUGACAAAUACACAGGAGGAGACAUGAAGGUGCUGCGUGCUGACAUCCCUCAGCAGCCAAUGGGCAUCGUGGCAGUGGCCAACGACACCAACAGCUGUGAGUUCUCUAUGUGCCGCGUCAACAACGGAGGAUGUCAGGAUCUGUGUCUGCUGACCUCUGAGGGAAGGGUCAACUGCAGUUGCCGUGGCGACAGGCAACUUUUGGAAGACAACACCUGCAUAGCCCUUAACACUACAUGUAACAAUAUUGAUGAAUUUGAGUGUGGAAACGGAGACUGUGUUAACUACACCCUGACCUGUGAUGGCAUGGCCCACUGCAAGGACAAGUCGGAUGAGAAACAGUCCUACUGUGCCAACCGCUCGUGUAAGAAAGGCUACAGACGCUGUGUGAACAGUCGCUGCGUGGGUCACAGCUCCUGGUGCAACGGCCAGGACGACUGUGGAGACAACUCUGAUGAACUCUUCUGUAACACCACGCUGUGCUCAGCCGAUCAGUUCCAGUGCAGAGACGGUGGCUGCAUCUCCAACUCCAGCAAGUGUAACCAGAAGGUGGACUGCGAGGACGCCAGUGAUGAGAUGAACUGCACUGCCACGGACUGCUCCAGCUACUUCCGUCUGGGAGUGAAAGGAGCCACCUUUCAGAAGUGCGAGUUCACCACUCUCUGCUUUGCCUCUUCAUGGCAGUGUGACGGAGCCAACGACUGUGGAGACCUCUCUGAUGAGAGAAACUGCCCAGGGAGCGGGAAAACCAACUGUCCGACGCCCUACUUCGCCUGUCCCAGCGGCCGCUGCAUCCCCAUGAGCUGGACUUGUGAUAAGGAGAACGACUGUGAGAACGGUGCAGACGAGGCUCACUGUGAUAAGUUUUGCUCGGCCUCCCAGUUUGAGUGCGGGAACCACCGCUGCAUUCCCAGACGCUGGGUGUGUGACGGAGCCGAUGACUGUGGUGACAGCAGUGACGAGGACAGCAAGUGCAAGACCAAAACCUGCAGUCCCGAGGCGUUCCAGUGUCCCGGGUCCCACAUGUGCAUCCCUCAGCGUUGGAAGUGUGACGGAGACAAAGACUGUCCCGAUGGAGCUGAUGAGAGCGUCAAGGCUGGCUGUGUGUUCAACAACACAUGCAGCAGCAACGAGUUCAUGUGCCAGAACCGACAGUGUAUACCGAAGCACUUUGUGUGUGACCAUGACAACGACUGCAGUGAUGGCUCGGAUGAGUCCCAGGAAUGUGAGUAUCCGACAUGUGGACCCAACGAGUUCCGCUGCGCCAACGGACGCUGCCUCAUCCAGAGCUCAUGGGAGUGCGACGGAGACUUCGACUGCCACGACCAGUCGGACGAGGCGCCCAAGAACCCACACUGCACCGGCCCGGAGAAGAAAUGCAACGACACUGCUUACGCCUGCAACAAUGGAAACUGUGUGAACGAGACGCUGCUCUGUGACCAUAAGGACGACUGUGGCGACGGCUCGGAUGAGCUGAACUGCUUCAUUAACGAGUGCCUGAACAGCAAACUGAGCGGCUGCUCUCAGCUCUGUGAGGACCUGAAAAUCGGCUUCAAGUGUCGAUGCCACCCAGGCUUCCGUCUAAAAGAUGACGGGAAGACGUGUGUGGACAUCGACGAGUGCACGACCACCUAUCCCUGCACGCAGCGCUGCAUCAACACACACGGCAGCUUCCACUGUCUGUGUGUGGAGGGUUUCCAGCUUAGUCCCGUAAACCCCACCAUAUGCAAAUCCACCUCAGAUGAGGAGCCAUUCCUGAUCUUUGCCAACCGCUAUUACCUGAGGAAGCUCAACUUGAACGGAUCCAACUACACACUGAUCAAACAGGGCUUGAACAAUGCUGUGGCUCUGGACUUCGACUACCGGCAGCAGAUGGUUUAUUGGACGGACGUGACCACGCAGGGCAGCAUGAUCCGGCGCAUGCACAUCAACGGCAGCGACGUGCAGGUCCUUCAUCGCACGUCGCUCAGCAACCCAGACGGUCUGGCUGUGGACUGGGUGGGAGGAAACCUGUACUGGUGCGAUAAGGGACGGGACACGAUCGAGGUGUCCAAGCUGAAUGGAGCGUACCGGACAGUCCUGGUCAACAGCGGCCUGAGGGAGCCACGUGCGGUGGCAGUGGACGUACGCUAUGGGUAUUUGUACUGGUCGGACUGGGGGGACAGCCCUCACAUCGGGAGGAUCGGGAUGGACGGCACCAACAGGUCUGUGAUCGUGGAGGAUAAGAUCACAUGGCCCAACGGCCUCACGCUGGACUUCAUCAACGACCGCAUCUACUGGGCUGAUGCUCGGGAGGACUACAUUGCAUUUGCCAGCCUGGAUGGAACCAACAGACACAUAGUUUUGACUCAGGAUAUUCCCCACAUCUUUGCCAUGACCCUGUUUGAGGAGUACAUCUACUGGACGGACUGGGAGACCAAGUCCAUCAACAGAGCUCAUAAGACGCUGGGAAUCAACAAGACUAUGCUGAUCAGCACCUUACACAGGCCUAUGGACGUUCACAUUUUCCACCCAUACCGCCAGCCUGAAGUGGCCGGCCACCCGUGCCAAUCGGACAACGGAGGCUGCAGCAACCUGUGUUUGCUCUCACCUGGGGGGGGCUUCAAGUGCGCCUGCCCCACUAACUUCUACCUGGCAGCCGACGGCAAACAGUGCUUGUCCAACUGCACUGCAAGUCAGUUUGUUUGCAAAAAUGACAAAUGCAUUCCGUUUUGGUGGAAGUGCGACACUGAAGACGACUGUGGCGACCGCUCAGACGAGCCUGCAGAAUGCCCUGAGUUUAAAUGCAGACCAGGCCAGUUCCAAUGUGGCACCGGCAUCUGCACCAACCCAGCUUAUAUCUGUGAUGGAGACAACGACUGCCAAGACAACUCGGAUGAGGCCAACUGCGAUAUCCAUGUGUGCCUGCCCAGCCAGUUUAAAUGCUCCCACCCCAGUCGCUGCAUCCCGGGCAUCUUCCGCUGCAAUGGACAGGACAACUGUGGAGAGGGAGAGGAUGAGAAAGACUGUCCUGAAGUGACGUGCGCUCCCAACCAGUUCCAGUGCGCCAUCACCAAGCGCUGCAUCCCACGGGUGUGGGUGUGUGACAGGGACAACGACUGUGUGGACGGAUCUGAUGAGCCGGCCAACUGCACCCAAAUGACGUGUGGCGUGGAUGAGUUCCGCUGUAAGGACUCGGGACGCUGCAUCCCGGCUCGCUGGAAGUGUGACGGAGAGGACGACUGCGGAGACGCUUCCGAUGAACCCAAGGAAGAGUGUGAUGAGCGGACGUGCGAGCCGUACCAGUUCCGCUGCAAGAACAACCGCUGCGUGCCGGGCCGCUGGCAGUGUGACUACGACAACGACUGUGGUGACAACUCGGAUGAAGACAAGUGUGUGCCUCGCAAAUGUUCGGAGAGCGAGUUUUCCUGCACGAAUGGCCGCUGCAUUGCCGGGCGCUGGAAGUGCGACGGGGACCACGAUUGUGCUGAUGGCUCGGACGAGAACGGCUGUGAUGUGAAGUGUGACAGUGAUCAGUUCCAGUGCAAAAACGGCCAUUGCAUCCCCAUCCGCUGGCGCUGUGACGCGGAUCCUGACUGCUUGGACCGCAGUGACGAGGAGAAGUGUGACAGUGGCGUGGGUAGAUACUGCCCCCAGGAUGAGUUCCAGUGCAACAACACCCUGUGUAAGCCUCUGGGCUGGAAGUGCGACGGAGAGGAUGACUGCGGAGACAACUCUGAUGAGAAGCCAGAGGAGUGUGUUAAAUUCCAGUGUCCGCCCACGAGGCAGUUUCGCUGCCACAACGACCGGGUGUGUCUGCCGAUAUCCAAACGCUGUGAUGGAGUCAACAACUGUGGGGACGACAGUGAUGAACUUAACUGCUUGCUGCCGUCCACACCAGUGUGUCAGAAGGACGAGUUCCAGUGCUCCACUGGACGCUGCAUCAGCUCCGUCCUGCGCUGCAACUACUUCAACGACUGCGAGGACUACGGCUCCGAUGAAGUCAACUGCAACAAGAAAGGCACGGUGCUGAAUGACUGUAGCAGUAACAGAACAGUGUGCGGAGACGGAGAUGAAGCUCACUGUGUGGUGAACGGCAGCGACUCGUUCUGCUCCUGCAAACCUGGCUUCCUGCCCAAGGGAAGGAACAGAUGUGAAGAUAACAACGAGUGCAAGCAGUUCGGAGUGUGUUCCCACAUGUGCAACAACACCAAGGGUUCGUACAAGUGCAGCUGCCACAAGUACUUCACCAGAAUCAAUGACACCUGCAAGGCCGACAUUCCAAGACAAGUGCUCUACAUCGCUGAUGACAAUGAGAUCCGCAGCCUGGACCCUUCGAUGCCAAACUGGCGCUACGAGCAGAUCUUCCAGGGCGACGCCAAUGUGCGCAUUGAUGCCAUGGACCUGCACGUCAAGACCAACCGCAUUUACUGGACCAACUGGCACACAGGGCGUAUUUCUUCUUAUGAUUUGCCUUCUACCUCCUCCUCCCUUAAUAACAACCGUAACCGACGGCAAACUGACUCCAGUAUCACCCACCUGGAGAUCCCUGAUCUGAAGAUGCCACGUGGCAUCGCUGUGGACUGGGUGGCAGGGAACUUGUACUGGACUGACUCUGGCAGAGAUGUAAUCGAAGUGGCCCAGAUAAGUGGGGCGCACCACCGCAAAACCCUCAUCUCUGGGAUGAUCGAUGAGCCCUAUGCCAUUGUGGUCGACCCCCAGAGAGGGAAAAUGUACUGGGCAGACUGGGGGAACCACCCCAAGAUUGAAACAGCUGCUAUGGACGGAACCAUGAGAGAGACGCUGGUGGAGGAAAACAUCCAGUGGCCGACGGGUCUGGCGGUGGACUACUUCAACGAGCGUCUGUACUGGGCCGAUGCCAAACUCUCCCAGAUCUGCAGCGUGAGGUUGAACGGCAGCGACGCAGUUGUGGCAGCAAACAGCAUCAAGAACAACGUCCGUCAUCCCUUUAGCAUCGACGUGUUUGAAGACUACGUCUACGGCGUCACGUACAUAAACAACUACGUCUUCCGAGUGAAUAAAUUCGGCAAAGGUCCCAUCGAGAACCUGACAACUGGGAUGAAUCAUGCCACAGAUAUAGUUUUGUACCACAGCUACAAACAACCUGAGAUUGCAAACCCGUGCGACAGGAAGAAAUGUGAGUGGCUGUGUCUGCUGAACCCCAGUGGUCCCGUCUGCACGUGUCCCAACGGACGCACCCUGGACAACGGCACAUGUGUGGAGCUGCCCACUCCCACCCUGUCUCCUAUCUCUCCUCCUAGUGGUCCCUGCCUGGUCCAGUGUAUGAACGGUGGCAGCUGUUUCCUGAACGCCCACAAGCAAGCAAAGUGUCGCUGUCAGCCGAACUAUGGAGGCGAUCGCUGUGAGAUCGACCAGUGUAGAGACUACUGCAAGAAUGGAGGCACAUGCACACCUUCCCCUACAGGUUCUCCUACUUGUCGAUGCCCGACAGGCUUCACAGGGCCAAACUGUAACCUGCACACAUGUAAGGAUUAUUGUAAGAAUGAAGGCAACUGCACAGUCAGUGCCGGAAACCAGCCGACCUGCCGGUGUCCCGAGGACUUCUUGGGCGACCAGUGCCAGUACAGAAGCUGUGAAGGCCACUGCCUGAACAAAGGCACAUGUCUACUGAGUGAAAACGGCGCCAAGCACUGCCGCUGCCUGCCCCAGUUCACCGGCGGCACGUGUGAAAUCGACAAGUGUCACUACUGUCGUGACGGCGAGUGCAUCCCCGGCAGCAGCUUUGCUUCCACAGGGGAGUUUGCCUGCCGCUGCACGAACGGCAGAGUCCAGCCCAGCUGCUACACAUGUGAUACUAACGAGUACUGUGCGAACGGCCAGUGCUCCAUCAACCCCGUCACUCGCCUCCCGGAGUGCAGAUGUUCACCAGGCUGGGGGGGGCAUCGCUGUGAGGCGGUGGCCCACACUGACACCGGCUCAGGGUCGGGCGGACGCACAGCCUCCAUAGUGAUCCCUGUGCUGCUCCUGUUGCUGCUGGUGCUGCUGGCUGGAGGAGCAUUGUUCUGGUACAGGAGGAGGAUGAGAGGGGCAAAGGGCUUCCAGCACCAGAGGAUGACCAACGGUGCCAUGAAUGUUGAGAUCGGAAACCCUGCCUACAAGAUCUAUGAGGGCGAGCCUGAUGAUGACGCCGGGGAGCUGCUAGACGCAGACUUCACGCUGGACCCGGACAAGCCCACUAACUUCACAAACCCAGUAUAUGCCACUCUGUACAUGGGGGGCAACAACAGCCGCAACUCUCUGGCCAGCACAGACGAGAAGAAGGAGUUGCUCUCACCUGGGGAUGAGGAGCCCCUCGUGGACCCGCUGUCAUAGACUGUCAAUCGGCCUGGAUCAUGCCAUUCCAAACACACCCCUCUUCUUGCCUUUUAAAGAAAAACGAAACAAAAAAAUUGAUAAAAAAGAGUGAGAGAGAAAAUUGAUAAAAACGUGUGAACACUGUAUAAAAUGUACAAAAAUGAAGGACUACUUUUGUAUGUGAUUGCAGUAUUAUAUUUUGUUCUUUUGAAAUUCCUCUGGUCAACAAUGAGUCACAUUUUCUAUGAGAGAUUUUUAAUUUACACUUUGUCCCUUUCCCUUUACCUAAAUAGCCACUACCUCUGUGCAAAAUGAAAUGGAAACAUGGAAAUCUGAAGAAAAGAUGCUAUCAUUGAAGCAAUUUUAACUUUUUAUUUUUGUAUGAAUUGUAUAGAAAAGAAAAAAACAUUGUUCCAUUUCACCAGUGCCAACUGUUUGUUGUUUGUGUCGACUUUGAGCGGGAAAAGGCAAAACUCAAAGUUUUCUAAAUCGGUACAUGUGUUUGUCUCGCUGAGUUUUCUCUGCGAGGUGGUGAGACAGAUUUGUGAUCGCACCGUUUGUGUAUAGCACAUGUAAAAUGUCAGUACCAGAUGGCAACUACAGUAUUUCCACAACACUCUUUUUUUUUCUCAGAGAACAAUGCUCAUUAAAUGAUUGUGUUGUCUUCCUUGCACAGAAUAUCAUGUUUUACAGUAAAGUGUAAACUGUGGGCUUCAUACCGUGAGAUGUAAAGCAGGUAUGUUUGUUUUUUAAUCACAUUGUACGACAGUUGGAGCUCCCGUGUUGAUGAAACAAGAGGGGGAGCUGCGUUUUGAUGUGCGAUUUAUGGAGAAUGAUGAAGUUGGUCACAGGUUAAACAUUCCAGGCAAAGUGGAGGAUGGAGAUCACAGAUGUAAAGAGACAAAAAGGAUGGAUGCCCUCGUGGGAGUGGAGUUAGCCGGGGGAGGCCAUAGCGCCGAGACUUACAACCUGUUUGUUCCAGGGUCUCCCUCCAGAAGGAAAAGGUUCUGUAGAAAUUGUUGGAAAACCUUGAUUGAGAAUCAGUAUUUUGCUUAUCUACUCCUCCAGUCCAUUACUUUGUAAAAAUAACAAACGGAUAGUGUCCGUCUGGCUUUGUGCGUAGAUUUAUCUUUCUACCUUUAGAGGAUCAAAGUCUGUUUGACCACAGUUUUGUAAAGACUUAGUCUUACUUGCAUUCGUUCAUUGGGUCCUCAGCAUCUCUGUUUUGAAAUGAGCAUUGUCUGAUCGCUCAUGCUCUGCUCUGCUGCUGCUAAUGCUACCAUUCUGGUUGCUCUGACACAUCCUUACACUCAGCCUCUGCCCCAAAAAUGCUGCUUCUGUCAGAAAAUGUGUCGGCCAUAUCUUAAUGCAUGUGAACAGUAACACCGAUCGUUAAUGUAACUACAAUAACAACUUUUUAUUUUGCUUACCUGUCAGCAAGUGUUAUUUUAUGCUGUUGUAUAUGUUUUGUCUUUAAUUGAGAGAGAAGUACAAUCAUUUUACCUAAAGAAAAUUUUUGCUAAAUCAUACAUGCAUUUUCAGAAUUAUUUUCCUUUGUUUAGUCCUUUUUUUUUAAUGAAAAAUGACACAUAGCUUUUAUAGUACACGAUGCAUGGAGGCUCAGACUUUCUUCUGUAAAGAGAAUAAUGUUUAAUUUUUGCUGGAGUACUUUACAAACUAAA